AUGUUCCUGCUGCCUCCCGCCCGGAGAUCCACGUCCACUGAAGCGGGCGGCGGCGGCGGGGUGGUAGAGGAAGGCGCUCACGGCGAGAGCGAGGUCGAAGACGAGGAGGGCGGAGACGGGCUUCUUGCCGCGCUGGCAGACGAGCUAGUCUGGGAAGGGGAUGGUGACGAAGGGGAGGAAGAUGGUGAGGAGGAGGAGGAGGAGGAGGAGGAAGCCGGGAUGGAGGGAUUGGAUCUCGAGAGCUUGGGGAUAUCCAUAAUGGACGAUGAGGAUGCGGAGGAAGUGCAGGAGCAGCUGCGGCGAGAGUGGGGGACAGCCUCCGUGCAAAACGAGCAGAAGGAAUACGAAAUCGACACUGCCGAGCUGCAGUCAAAGAUGAGGCAGACCAUGGAAGUCCUCGGUUGCCAGGCUUGGGACGUCGGGGCGGUUCUGACGACGGAUAAAGAGGUCUUCCGGCUGAACCGUCAGUACCGAGGGAUGAGCACAUCGACCGACAUCUUGUCGUUCCCAAACCACGACAUGUCAGGCAGCCCUGGGGUGCUCCCAAAGGUGAGAUUCCCCGCCGAGAUGGACCUCGGGGAUAUGUUCAUCUCCCUGGCUUAUGUGGACCGACAGAUCAAGAGGGACAGAGAGGAACAGGCGGCGGCAGUGGCGGCGGCGGCGGCGGGGGGGGGGGGGCAGGAGGAAGAGUGGUGGGACAGCGAGAGGGGCGUAAGCGGUGCAAUGUCGAGAGUCUUCGAUGUCCAGGAGCGAGCGUCCAUGCUCCUGGUGCACGGCUUGAUCCACCUGCUUGGCUACGACCACGAGACGGAGUCGGACUACAAGGCCAUGGUCGCGGUGGAGGAAGAGGUCUUGCGGGCCGUCUUCGGCCCAGGCACCCCGCCUCAGUAG